AAACUGGUAUUGCUUAUAACUACAGACACGGAAAGAAAGAGAGGGAGAGACUGCAUUCGUUCCCCAGCCGAGUUAGUCUAAUUGAACGAACCUCUCUAUUCGCUUUGUGAAGAUUCAUUAGUCGAGGAAAAAAAAAAAGCCUCUUUUCUGGCUCGCUGAUGGCGGCAUCAGCUGUUAAAGUCAGCAAUGUUUCAUUGGGAGCAACCGAGCAAGACAUAAAGGAGUUCUUUUCUUUUUCUGGUGAAAUUGAUUGUAUUGAUAUGCACAGUGACACUGAGCGCUCUCAAAUCGCAUACAUAAGAUUCAAAGAAUCCCAGGGGGCCGAGACUGCAAAAUGUCUAUCGGGAGCAACAAUAGUGGAUCAGUCAGUUAUCAUAGAAUUGGCUCCAGACCACCAGUUUCCUGUGACUGCUACAGUCUAUUCUAACCCAAACGAGAACAGCAAUGGAAGUGGUGGAGCUGAAUCUUCUUCAGCCAUCCAGAAGGCGGAGGAUGUAGUCAGCAGCAUGCUGGCAAAGGGCUUCUGCCUGGGGAAAGACACAGUGAAAAAGGCCAAGGCCUUCGAUGAGAAACAUCAACUCACAUCGACUGCAUCGUCCAAGGUUGCUUCACUAGAUCAGAAGAUUGGUCUGAGUGGGAAAAUCAGCGCGGGGACCACUGCUGUGAACGAGAAAGUGAAGGAGAUGGACGAGAAGCUGAAGGUGUCGGAGGCAGCCAAGGCAGCAUUCACAGCUGCCGAACAGUCGGUGAGCAAUGCUGGAUCGGCCAUCAUGAAGAACCGGUACGUGCUGACGGGAACCUCAUGGGUUACUGGUGCAUUUGGUCGGGUGACGAAAGUUGCAGGCGAGGUAGGACAGAAGACGAAGGAGAAAGUGGCGGCUGAGGAAGAAGGAGCUAAUAAGGCUUCAGGUUACGUUCCCAUUUCAUGACUUGCGUGAGCCAUAUAGGUUGGUUGUUUUGGACUUGGGUUUGUACUGAAAUCUUCGUGUCAGAAAUGGAUGUUCCAGUUGCUCGUGUUGUUGGUUAGGAAUGAUGAUUGUGUUUUGCCAUAUAUUAUAGUCUCCAACAUACAAAAUAUCAACUCAAGCAGGUUUCUCUUUCUGAUACGCUUUGCGUUGGUCUGGUGGCAUUUUCAUGCAGCAUUGUACAAGUUUGAUGCUUGAUUUAAUUCAAUAUAGUUUCCACAUGACUCGCAC